CAUUGACAGUCAGUCCGCAGCUGUCUUCGUUAGCGCGGAUGUACUUGCAAUUUUCUACCAACGGCGGGAAUGCGAUUUCGCGGGCACCGGUCACCUCGACGCGAUUAUGCUUUCACGCUUCCAUGGGAUAUUUAUUCUGUGCAUCGUUACGGUAGCUAGAGCCUCGUUCCUGUCGGUGGGGAGAUGGAGUUGUAUCUGGUGCACGCUGAAUAGCGUCGGCGUUCUGCUCUCCAUGCCGGAGAUCACGCAUCAAUGGUCCCUCCUAGGAUUGAAUCCCUGGCCGGAUCAUGGAGAGGAGAAAUCCGUGUCUAACGAACUCUUCGCGCAAGACGCAACUCGAUUACCCCGGGUACUAAACUUCUUUCCCGUCCCGGUCGAGGAAGAGUGUCUGUCCGACGAUAAACGGCGUCAGGGAAUAUGUAUGAACACGUAUGAAUGUCGUAUCCAGCGUGGACAAUCCCAUGGACCGUGCGCACUCGGAUUUGGCGUGUGCUGCGUAUUCACGGCAAGCUGCGACAAUGAGGUACAAAAUAAUCUGACCUACGUGACCAGUCCUGGUUUUCCCAACCUCAUCGACCGGCCUAUGAACUGUUCUGUGGUUGUACGAAGGAUCGAUACGGAGGUCAGCCAGCUGAGGAUCGACUUCGUCCACUUCAACAUUGGUCAACCGAAUGCAACAACUGGAGUGUGCGACGAGGACGUCAUGGUGAUCGACAACGGCAGAACUUCUUUCGAAUUGUGCGGCUGGAACAGCGGGCAACACGUGUACGUGGACUUGAGCGAAGGUAACGAACCAGUCACUCUAAACUUCCGGCUGCCGAGCGGACUGCAGUCACGAAUGUGGGAAAUGCGCGUGAUGCAAUUGGGUUUCGAGCAACGCGCGCCAGUCGGAUGUCUCCAAUACUUUCGCUCGCCGAAUGGCACACUGAAGACAUUCAAUUAUCUGCCGAACGGCAGAUACCUCGCCGGACACGAUUAUCUGUUAUGCGUCCGUCAAGAGAGGGACAUGUGCGGUAUCGUUUAUCAGCCCUGCACGCGAGACUCUUUUCGGAUAGGUCCCGGUGAGUUCCAAGAUGCGUCCAACGUGAUCAGCGACGUAACUUCCACGACGGCAAGCACAAACGUCGGAAACGCUUCCGCUGUCAGUCUAACCGGCACUUCCGGAUCCGCGAACAACUCCGACACGUCCUCCGAUGUCCUCGAAGGCUCGGGUGCUGGAAUGCCGGAUGCUGGAUCGCCGAUCGAACAGGAAAUGGUCUUCGCUCCCAGCACACGCUCAACGUUUCUUCUCGAGAGACGGUGCAGAGACAGGAUACUCAUUCCUUGCGAUUUCGAGGAAUUUAUCACGCCGGGGAAUAACAUGGCGGGUAUCUGCAAUUUGGAGCACUGCGGCAAUUCGUUGUGCAGUCAAGAUGAACUCGAUGCGGAAGGUAACUGCCGAGUGGAGACUUGGACUACGCCCUUUCGCGUAAGGGUGGCAUUCGGUGCUGGUGGUAGCACGGCUGGCACAUUGGAAGACAAUGCCGGCAUGUGUCUCACGUAUCAACAGUUGCCUUGCGUACCUUGAGUAUGUAAUUAUCUUACAUAUAUCUUUAUUGUCGACCAGAUUAAAGAUAUCUCAUUGUUGAA